AUGGAUCAGGAUAGUGUUGUUAGUAAUCGAAGCGAGAAGAGCGGUGCUAACCAGCAACAGCAGCAAUCUGUUAUGCAGAACUUUCCAGUUCAAAGUCCUGAUUCUAGACAACAAAUAAACUUUACCCAGCACAUGCCUCCUCCUUGUACCUAUCCAAGCGAUAUUCAUGCCGAAAUGCAAAAUCGUGGAAUGUCUAUAGGUCAGGCUCCGCCAAUGUAUCCUCUCCAGGGUCCAGCCGUUUCUCAACAUCCUGGCUAUAAUCCCAAUUGGAAUGCCUCUCAGCCAACAAACCCGCCUUUCCUUCCGUAUAAUUCGCCAUCCAUGUUUUCUCCUUCACAAUGCAUGAAUCUAAUGGGAUGGACGGGUCCGUCCCCCAUCCCUGGUUGCCAACAGCCAGGCGCUUUCCCUAUGCAGCCCCUAGCUCCCUCUUCAAAUCAAUCCUAUCCUCAAAGUCAAUCCAACCAACCUCUUCUUCCCAUGGAUAGUAGUGGUGUUGUUGCCACAAAGAUGUCUCAUGUCCAUACCCCAGCCUCAAGUAAUCGAGGUGGCAAUCAACAAAUGGAUCAAUAUGGACACGAUGAAAACGCCUGGGUUGAAAAUGCUACCGCUGUAACUGGGGCAACUAGUGAGACCGGUCUUAGUGCAGAUAAUAUAUCCCGAUUUGGGGCUAGAUAUGGCCUCUUAGCAUCCCUGGGGAUCAAUAAUAGCCCCAACUCUUGUGUUGGUGGAGCAGCAGCUGCUUUAAUUCGCACCGAAAUCGAUGAUUUUCCUAGUCACACUUGUUCCAGGCUUUUUGGAUUUAUGUUAUAUUUCGGUCUUGGCUUUUGUUCCAUCUGUUCCCCAGUUCUAAUGGUGAUUUUCCCCCAUUUGCCCUAUUUGGGCUGGAGUACAGACAAAUGUGAUCAUACUUGUGAGGGACAUUUAAUUGGAAUGGCUGUAAAAUUGGCUCUCCUAGCUCUUGGAACGUGGAUUCUCACGGCACCGCAUUGUUCGAUUCUGAGCGGUACUCGAAAAGUUUAUCCACGAGUCAGGUUAUGGAGGAGCCUCUUUCUCUGCCUCAUAUUCGUAAUUCUUUUUGCCUUUUGGCUAUUCUAUAGUGUGCGGAUAUUACAGCCAAGGAGAAGGGAUUAUGGGUCCAUUGUUCUCUUCUCUAACAGUCUGUCGGAUGCUCUGUUGUUUUUGAAUUUUUCGGGGAUUGCUUUAUUGGAAUUCCAGAGGAUGAGAUCACAAUUUGCUGUCCACGUUGUUAGGUCUCCAGAUGGGGCAUCAAAAACUUAUCGACUUGGAGAUAUGUCGCUCCAGAAGGCGGCCCUGGAAAUUCUGCAGAUGUAUAUGGUGGACUUUACAGUAUACACCCAACCAAUCUCCUCUUCAAACAACCGUCGAAAUAAACGUGGCGUUGUUGGCGGGGCUGGAGGUCACGGUGGUGAUGGAAAUACGGGCCCUGGUGGGGCCAGUGGGGAUGUUGGUGGCUCCAAGUACAAAUUCUACGAUGUGGAUGGACGGGAAAAGAACGGUGGCACCCAAGCACCAGGUGGAAAUCAAACGAGCGGUGGCGGUGGCAACGGUCCGUCAGCUUCGGCUCGCCUCUACGACGAAAUGGAAGCAGAGAAGCGAGUUCGAAAGCGUCGAAUGCGUCUUCUUCUCGCCGUCGAAGAUGCAUUCGCGCACGCUAAUCGAAUGGCAAAGGAAACCGGUUUCACCAUUGGAAAUUCCCUCGUUCCUGCUGGUGGAUUUUCUGGCUUUCAAAAUGGCAAUGGUCGUCUGGUAAGCGGAGGCGGAAAUAAGUCUUUUGAUCCCUACGAGGCUGCCCAGACAGUAUUCCCCACGCUAAUCCGCCCCCUCCAAAAGUACCUACGGGCCACGCGUCAACAAUCUCGUCACCCUGUCGAUUCAGUGAUUGAUCAUCUGGCAACAUGCAUCACUUUCGGUCUCUCCCCACUCACCUUUCUCGAGCGUUUCAAUCCCAUUGCGUCGACACCUCAACAAGACGCUGCUACUGCUGCCAAUGCGCUGAGAGUAGCCCGUAGUAUAGCUCAGCGCCAUCGUAGACCUUUAACUAUCGCAGGUGGAGGAUUAUCUGGAAACGGUGGUGAUGGAGAAGGUGGAGAGUACAAACCCCCUGGACCACCGGUAGCACCUGGAGGUCAACAGGUCUGGCAGAUUGUGGCCGAUCGGGCACUCUCCAGAGAUUUGGCAGAUGACUUAGUCUUCCAGUUGCGUCGUCAACAUGGUAACUGCGAGAUAUCUCUUCUCUGCACGGUACAUCGAUUACCUCUUUUGCAAAUCCUUGAGGCCGGACUGGGAGUAGGAGUUCCUGGAGCGAUAGCUUAG